AGGCAGCGAGGCGCCCUGGUACCCGGAGGGAGGCUGGACACGGGCCGCAGGGCCGGGCCGCCAUGUCGGGCUGGGAGGCGGCCGAGGCCUGCGCCGAGGACUGGGCGGACGACGAGCGGAUGGCGCACCUCUUCUCGGCCUUCAAGCGGAGCCGCGAGGUCAACAGCCGCGACUGGGACAGUAAGAUGGGCUUCUGGGCGGCCCUGGUGGCCCGGGCGGCCCGCGGCCGGGGGGCCCUGAGCUUCAGCCUGGCCGACCUGCAGCUCUGGUUCCUCAGGAAGGGCUCGGCGCCGCUCGGCCUGCGGGUCGUGCUGGACGACAUGAUCAGGCGAGGGCUGAUUCAGAAAGAGUCCAACUUUGCGGCAAACGUUGAUGCCAGCUGGCUGGCGUGGGGCGUGGGCCUGCUUCUGGUCAAACCCCUCAAGUGGACCCUCUCCUCCAUGCUUGGCACCGAUCAGUUGUCCCCGGAUGAGUCCUUCGUCCUGGUCGAACUCGUCGAGGAGAAGGCAGCCCAGGUCUUGCAGCUUUGCCAGAAGUCUCUGCACUCCUCGCAUCCCGUGGGGAGCUUUGCGGAGCUCCAGGCUGUGUGUCUGAGCACGUGCCCGGACGACAGGAGUUUCUACCUCGCUCUGCUGCAGCUGCAAAAGGAGAAGCGGGUGGCUGUCGCGGAGCUCGAUGGCGAGAAGAUUGUGAAGUUUGCUCGCUCGUCCCACCACAAAGUUUCCCCGGUGAACGAGAUCGACAUCGGAAUCUUCCAGCUGAUGAGGUGCGAGAAGUUGCUGAACCAGAAGGUGGAGUCUCUGAGCGAGGACGCAGAGAGGUGCAAGAAGGAAGCUCAAAGCUACCUGAAGACUGGGAAGAAACAGCUGGCACUGAAAUGUCUGAAAACCAAGAAGAAGUCAGAGAAACGUCUGGAGAAUAUCCAUGCCAAACUGGACACCAUUCAGACCAUCCUGGACCGCAUCUACUCAUCACAGUCGGACAAAAUGGUGGUGGAUGCGUACCAGGCUGGUCUGGGAGCCCUGAAGCAGUCCAUGAAAGACGUGACUGUCAGCAAAGUGGAGAGUCUCAUGGAUCAGAUCGAGGAGUUCUGCGACACCCAGGAGGAUAUAAACCAGGCGAUUGCCGGAGCGAACCUGGGCCCAGCAGGUGCUGUGGACAUGGAUGAAUUGGAAGAGGAGCUGAACACUCUUCUGGCCGAAGUCACGCAAGAAGAGUCCAAGCUCCCAGACGUUCCGAGCACUCCUUUGCCCUGGUCUUCCUCGGCUAGCGUUCCUGCUGCUGAUUUGAUUGACCAUGAGUUGGAAGCAGAGCUCAGAAAGCUCACCCUGUCCGACACACGUAUCCAGGCCGGUGCUGUUGACUCAGCUUCCACAAACAAGGCCUUGUUGGACCCAACGGCAUUAUAACAUCAGUGAGCAGAACCUUUUUGUCUUGUACUGCACAUACAGACUGUCCUCUCAAUAUGAGGCACGAAGGGAAGGAGAGAGGGAGAGCGCAAGAGAGAGAACAUCAUUCAGAUUUCACAUCCUUUUAUUCAGUCCUUACAGAGUCUUCCAGUGCCCGGGGCUGUCUGCAUUGAUUUGUGUUUGAGAUGUGUUUGUGCUACUGUGUGGAGAGAAAGACAAAUGCAGCAUAGAUGCAAAAUGGAACUUAUCAGCCUCUCCUCCACCACAAGGGGGAAACUUCUUUUUCUCACGCACUCAUAAGGCAGUCGCGGGUUUACAAUGUUUCUCCUCCCGCAAGCCUUGCUCCAGCUCUCAGAUGAGAGAGCCGCUGUUUUGUGUGAGGCUAGAGACGUCAAGCAGUGUGGAGCAGUUGCUCUUCAGAUCAGUCGAAGAGAGUUUGUGUGUCCACCUUCCUUCCUCAGCCCUAAUCGCAAAGUGUAAUCGCAUAAUGUGCCGUGAGAUGAGAUCAACUGUGUGUUUCUAAUUCACUCUUUACAUGUGGCUGGUGCUGUGUUGGUAUGAGGCGAAAGCGGGGAGGGAAUUUGGGGGUGAGGGGUGGAGUGGUCGGAAAUUAACCCAAUGAACUGUCAGCUAGCUGGGGGGGGGGGCAAAGAGCCCCCAAUUCUGCUCUGCUCUGUGAUACGGGUUCCUUUGAGACGAUGAGUAUGCAGAAGCUGAUCUGUAACUGUGCCAAACCUGUGUUAGAAAUGCACGUGUAAUAGUCCGACAGUGGGGUUAGCAAAUAGAGUGAGCGUAAUGCAGUUACAGGGUCUCUGUCCUUAAUGAUUGCCAUUGGGAAUAGUUCCCGGGACUCGUGGAGGGGUUGCGUUGUGAUUCCCCUCACUCCCCCCCGCCCCCCCACCUCCCAUUCCCUAAUCUCUUUCUCCGUGGUUCGGUGCAAUCUUUUGAGUGUCUUUGAUAUUGUGUAAUUAUAUUCCUAUAAACCACUUGUUCGAAGGACAGAAAAAUAAUGGAAGUCGACUGAAUAAAAAAUAAAAGCAC